GUGGUGAAGUGUUGCAGGGGCACGAUGCGUUGUUGACUGAAUUGAAGAUAUGAAGUAGUCCAACACGUGCCGCAUGUAACAGAUUCUCCUUUCUUUGGGGCACAAUAAUAACUUAUAUUGGAAAACAUUCUCAGGGUGAUCGUAUGGAGCACUUAGAACUCAACGUGUCCUCUUUGGGGACCAUCUCAAAGCAAAUAGAGGGAAGCCGAAAUGAAAUCAGCAAGUAUCUGACUAAACAGAUCUGGACCCCGUAUGAUCGUCAGUGCAUUCUCAAUUCUUUGGCUCAAUUGCUUUUGGAGAAAGACUACACUCUUCUUAUUGGACGUCAUAUGCGGCCUUUUGUUUUAGAUUUGCUAGAAAGAAAUGCAGGCCUUGUUAAAGCUGAUGGAAAAAUUAACCAUGAUCGUCAUGAAAGACUGUCGGUAGCUUUGAGUAAACUUCUGGAUGUCAGUCCUGAUGCGCUGCUAUUUGCAAAAAGAUAUUUCAAGUAUGCACCACCAGUAUUUCAAAGACUCUUUUUCACAAGUUCACAGUCUGCCGCAACCCAGUAUGGCAGGAAACGUAUGAAAUUACGAGACUUGAUGGAAGCAACAUUUAGGUAUCUGAAACAUGAUACAGCAUUUUUCAAGAACUUGUGGGACUGGAGUGUAUGUUUAUCGUUACUUCGUACAAGUGAUGUCUUCGUCAGAUGGUAUUCAGCAUGUUGUCUGACUGUUAUCUCCAAUAUGGCAGAAGUAGAAAAAUAUAUUUUUUUCCAAAAGUAUUUCAACAGUGAUGAGAUGUUGGAUCUUAAAAUAAAGACACUUGAAGAAUCACAACAAUUAAAUCUUGAAAAAGCCUUAACUCUGGCAAACGCAGAAAGUGCCUUUUGGCAUUGCGAAGAAAAACAGAAACCUACCAGAUGUCAAAUUGCGUCUGAUGACCUUUCUAAAAAUGUUGUUGCUGUAUGUGGUGUAGUUUUGACGAAAAUAAAUCCACCUGAAUCAGAAAAAGAGAUUGCUAAUCUUGUGUUAGUUGAUUCUACCUGUCGGAGCCUUCAAAGUCUGGCUAUGGCUGUUGCUUCUCAGAAGCCUGUCUUAUUGGAAGGGCCCAUAGGCAGUGGCAAAACUGUGAUUCUUGAACACCUGGCUGCUGUUACAGGCCGGGGGAAGACUCCCCACUUUCUGAAAGUGCAACUAGGAGACCAAACAGACAGCAAAAUGCUCCUUGGAAUGUAUCGUUGUACAAGUGUUCCUGGAGAAUUUGUCUGGCAACCUGGUACACUGACUCAAGCUGUUACACUUGGACACUGGAUAGUACUAGAAGAUAUUGACUAUGCACCUUUGGAUGUGAUUUCCGUACUAAUUCCUCUUCUGGAAAGUGGAAACCUUUUAAUCCCAGGAAGGGGUGAUUGCAUUCCAGUGUCUCCAGGGUUUCAGUUCUUUGCUACUCGCAGAUUGUAUAGCAGUGCAAGUGGUCUGUAUAGACAGCAGAAUACCAAUGCAAGUUUGCUGGACAAACUCUGGAAAAAAAUUCAUUUGGACAACAUGAGUCGUGAUGAACUUAAAGAAGUUCUCCUUCAGAAGUAUUCCAGUUUAGGUGUUGUGGUAGAUCGACUUUUGGACAUUUAUUGUCAGCUGACUGGAGAUAAACAUCUAAAAUCAAACUGUUUUAACAAUAAAGAACUCAUUCCUGCUAAUGACCUUGUUUCCUUAAAACUUGAGGAGAAAUCCCUGACCCUGGAAGGGAGGGGGUUGUCAUUAAGAGACUUACUGAAGUGGUGUGACAGAAUUGUAAAUUGUUCCAGUAGUACUUCAUCCUCAGCUGCUCUCAUUGUUUUUCUGGAGGCACUUGAUUGUUUUACAGCAAUGUUAUCUAAUCAAGACAAUCGGCAAAAAAUGGCAGAGAUCAUCGGGAGUAAAUUGAACAUUUCAAAAGAGCAGGCAGAACAUUACUGUCAAAUGUAUAAACCACAGAUUAAUUUAACAGAGACUGAAGUCACCAUGGGCAGGACCACUAUUCCAAGAAAGCAAAGUUGUGUAGUUGGCCUAAGCAUGGAGAAGCAAACUUUUGCAGCUACACGUCCAUCACUUGUACUACUUGAGCAACUCUCUGUCUGUGUAAAUCGAGGAGAGCCGGUUCUGUUAGUGGGAGAAACUGGAACUGGAAAGACUUCAACUGUCCAGUUUCUUGCAAGAAUCACAGGCCAUAAGCUACGGGUUGUUAAUAUGAACCAGCAAAGUGACACGGCAGAUCUUUUAGGAGGGUAUAAACCUGUGGAUCACAAGUUAAUUUUGCUACCGUUACAUGAAGCCUUUGAAGAUUUGUUCUCCCAGACAUUUUCAAGAAAACAGAAUACCACUUUCUUGGGCCACGUGAAUACCUGCUUCAGAGAAAGGCGAUGGGAAGAUCUGUUAAAACUUAUGGAGCAUGUUUCUAAAUCUGCCAUCAACAAGGAACUGCAUAAAAAUAAACAGGAAACUUUGAAGGACAAAUGGGAAGCUCUUUGCCUCAGAUUAAGCCAUGCUCGACACCAGAUUAAAUGUGCUGAGUCUGCACUUCUUUUUGCCUUUGUAGAGGGUACAUUGGCACAGGCUGUGAAGAAAGGUGAAUGGAUUUUGCUGGAUGAAAUUAAUUUAGCUGCAGCAGAAACAUUAGAAUGUUUGAGUAGUCUUCUGGAAAGCCAUGCUGGCUCACUUGUGUUGCUGGAUCGAGGAGACACAGAGCCUAUAGUACGUCAUCCAGAAUUCCGUCUGUUUGCCUGCAUGAAUCCAGCCACUGAUGUUGGAAAGAGAAAUUUGCCUCCUGGAAUAAGAAACAGGUUUACUGAAGUUUAUGUGGAAGAAUUAGAAGAUCAAGGAGAUUUAAGAAUUUUAAUAUUAGAUUAUCUUAAAGGUCUUAAUCUAAGCAAGACAAUUGUUUCUGGGAUUAUAAGUUUUUAUUUAGCAGUGCGCAAAGAAGCAAAUUGUAAGCUGGUUGACGGAACUGGACAUAAGCCUCACUAUAGCCUCCGGACACUUUGCAGAGCAUUGAGAUUUGCAGCUGGGAACCCCUGCCACAGUAGUCAGCGCUCUCUAUAUGAAGGUUUCUGUUUAAGUUUUCUGACACAGCUGGACCGAUCAUCUUAUCCUAUUGUUCAGAAACUGAUCUGCAAACACAUUUUGGGUGGUAACACAAAAAGCCUGAAAGAGUCCAUCCCUGAGCCUACUGAUAAGAAAUGCUUUCAAGUGGAAGAUUAUUGGAUUUCAAGAGGGGAGCUUCCUCCAGUGACUGAUAGCAGUUAUAUCCUGACUCCUACAGUGAAGCUUAAUCUGAGGGAUCUUGCCAGAGUAGUGUCUGCAGGAUCCCAUCCAGUUUUAAUUCAGGGAGAGACCUCUGUUGGUAAGACUAGUCUCAUUAAGUGGCUAGCAUCAUCAACUGGAAACCAUUGUGUUCGAAUCAACAACCAUGAACAUACAGACAUCCAAGAGUAUAUUGGCUGUUACGCUUCCAGUGAGACAGGAAAACUUGUUUUCAAAGAAGGUGUCCUCAUUGAUGCCAUGCGAAAAGGUUACUGGAUCAUUCUGGAUGAGCUCAAUCUUGCACCCACUGAUGUACUGGAAGCUCUGAAUAGACUCCUGGAUGAUAAUCGUGAACUUUUUGUAACUGAGACACAGGAAACCGUAAAAGCACAUCCAAGGUUCAUGCUUUUUGCUACACAAAAUCCUCCUGGUCUUUAUGGAGGCAGAAAGGUGUUAUCAAGAGCCUUCAGGAAUCGUUUUGUUGAGCUCCACUUCAGUGAACUGCCAAGUGCAGAAUUGGAAACAAUUCUUCACCAGCGAUGCAGUCUACCCCCCUCUUACUGUAGCAAACUGGUUAAAGUAAUGCUGGAUUUACAGUCUCAUCGUAGAGGAUCCACUGUAUUUGCAGGCAAACAUGGCUUUAUCACUUUGAGAGAUCUCUUUAGAUGGGCUGAGCGAUAUAGGCUCACCGCUGAUAUUGAUGGCAGCUAUGACUGGCUUCAACAUUUGGCAGAUGAUGGAUUUAUGCUUCUUGCUGGUCGAGUAAGGAGACCAGAAGAAGCCAUGAUUAUUAGGACAGUGUUAGAGAAACAUUUUAAGAGGAAAAUAAACCCGGAUUCGAUGUUUUCCAUUGACAAUAUAAAAAGGCAAUUGAAUCUUUGUGAUCUUCCUACCCAAUUUAAGCAUGUCGUUUGGACAAAUGGAAUGAGGAGGCUUGCUAUUCUGGUGGGACGUGCAUUGCAGUUUGGAGAACCUGUCCUCCUUGUUGGGGAUACAGGAUGCGGAAAAACAACAAUUUGCCAGCUCUUUGCUGCUCUGGCUGGCCAAGAAUUAUUUGUUUUGAACUGCCAUCUGCACAUGGAAACAUCUGACUUUCUUGGAGGACUGAGGCCAGUGAGGCAUAAAAGUAAAGAGGAAAGUGAUGAAAACAUGAAGCUUUUUGAAUGGCGUGAUGGUCCACUUGUAUUAGCUAUGAAAGAAGAUGGGUUCUUCCUGAUGGAUGAGAUUUCUUUAGCAGAUGACUCUGUUCUGGAGCGACUUAACAGCAUCCUUGAGCCAGAAAGAAUGUUGGUGUUAGCUGAAAAAGGCAGUGGAGACACAGAAGAUGUGGAGCUUAUAACGGCUAGUAAAAAAUUUCGAAUCCUUGCCACAAUGAAUCCAGGGGGAGAUUUUGGUAAAAAGGAGUUGUCACCUGCCCUAAGGAAUAGAUUUACAGAGAUUUGGUGCCCCCAGAGUAACAGUCGAACUGAUUUACUCAGCAUUGUUCAGCAUAAUCUUAAUCCCGGGCUGUCAUUAGAUGGAGCUGAUCUCAAAGGUAAAGACAUUGCUGAGCUCAUGCUUGAUUUUAUUGACUGGCUAACCAAUCAAGAAUUUGGACACCAAUCAAUCCUCACUGUGCGUGAUAUUCUGUCAUGGGUUCAUUUCCUGAACUUAAUGGUUAAAGGUGACACUGUGAAGAAUUUUGAAGCACUUCAUCAUUUCUACCUUGAUCCAAUUACAGCUUUCGUACAUGGUGCUUGUUUGGUUUUUAUUGAUGGCAUUGGUUCAGGCACAACAGUCAGUGUUGCAGAUAAUGUUCUUGCAGCCCGAAAGGCUUGCUUAGAUUUUCUCCAUAAAAAGUUUACCAGGUUAACAAAUCUCAAUGAAGAAAGAAGCAAAGCAUUUAACAUUUAUGAUGUCACUGUUAAAAAGGAUGUUGUUUGGGGAGCUGACUACUUUGGAAUUGAUCCAUUUUACAUAGUUACAGGAUCUUUUGAAACAAGUGAACUUACUGAUUAUGCCCUAAAUGCUGGUACUACAUCAGUCAAUGCACAAAGGCUACUACGUGCCAUUAAAAUGAACAGACCAGUAUUAUUAGAGGGAUCUCCUGGUGUUGGUAAAACAAGUUUGGUAGCUGCUUUGGCAAAGGCAUCAAAAAAUCAUCUUGUGAGGAUUAAUCUGUCAGAGCAAACAGAUGUGACAGACUUAUUUGGGACAGACCUGCCUGUUGAGGGCGGAAAAGGAGGAGAAUUUUCUUGGCGGGAUGGACCUUUAUUGGCAGCUUUAAAAGCUGGAUACUGGAUUGUACUAGAUGAGUUGAAUCUGGCCUCUCAGUCUGUGCUAGAGGGGUUAAAUGCCUGCUUUGACCACCGUGCAGAAAUUUACAUACCUGAAUUGGGCAUGACUUUCAAAGUACAGCAUGAAAGGACAAAAAUCUUUGGCUGCCAAAACCCAUAUUCACAAGGAGGAGGGCGUAAAGGUCUUCCUAAGUCUUUCCUUAACAGAUUUACCCAGGUUUAUGUAGACCAGCUUUCUGUUGAAGACAUGAUGGUUAUUGGAGCUUCAGUCUUUCCAGCAAUUGAAAAGCAUAUCAUUACAAAAAUGGUGUCCUUCAAUAACAAGCUUGUACAUGCAGUGUCUAAAGAAAAAAAGUGGGGUUAUAAAGGAGCUCCAUGGGAGUUUAACCUUCGAGAUAUUUUUCGCUGGUGUCAGCUGAUGCAAACUGACCAGUCUCCAGGAUAUUAUGAUCCAGGACAACAUGUAUGGCUGGUGUAUGCUGACAGGAUGAGAACUACUUUUGAUAAAGAACAGAUUGUUUCUGUUUUUAAAGAGGUUUUUGGGGAAGAAUUCAAUAUUUAUAUUGGAUCAAGGCAGUUUCAUAUCACCCCUCAUCAGGUCCAGGUGGGAUAUUCAAUCCUUUCCCGCAAAGGCCCUGCAUCAGUGUCAUCAAAUACACAACUGUCUCUGCUCCAUCAAACCUUACAACCUCUGGAAUCUGUUAUGAAAUGUAUUCAAAUGGGCUGGAUGGUUAUCCUUGUGGGUCCGGCCGCUAGUGGUAAAACCAGCCUGGUACAGUUAAUUUCCCUGCUUUCUGGUCAUAAGUUAAAAGUUAUGGCCAUGAACAGUGCCAUGGAUACCACUGAGCUUUUAGGUGGUUUUGAACAGGUUGAAAUCAUGCGUCCAUGGAAGCGUGUAUUGGAAACUGUAGAGAAUACAUUUUCCAUGCUUAUGCAGAAAGGCCUAUUAUUGUUAGAGGUGGCAACUCAGGAAAUAGAGGGGUUGUUACAUAACUGGAAUGUCUUAAGAAAAAACUGUGGUCAUUCUUGUGCAGCUGAGGAGGGUAAAGGAAUCAGUUCUGAGACUGUUAAGAUCGUUGAGUCCAUUAUUGUACUUUUACAGAAAUUGGAUGUUAAACUUAAAUCACCAAUAGACUUGACCAAACUGAUUGAUGAUUUUAAGGAGUUUAGAGAGCAGUGGACUAGAGCGAAGGAUGGUCAAAGCCGUGGAACUUUUGAGUGGAUUGAUGGAAUGUUAGUACAAGCUCUACAGUCAGGUGACUGGCUUCUCAUGGAUAAUGUUAACUUCUGCAGCCCUUCUGUAUUGGACCGUUUGAAUGCACUUCUGGAGCCAGGUGGUACUCUAACUAUUAGUGAAAGAGGGGUCAUUGAUGGAAGAACCCCAAGUAUUGUGCCUCACCCUGAUUUCAGGCUUUUCUUAGCAAUGGACCCAACUCAUGGUGAAAUCUCUCGUGCCAUGCGCAAUCGUGGUGUGGAAAUUUAUGUCCAUGGUGAAAGUGAAAUAUUUUCUGUGGAUUCUUUGGAUUUCAGGACAUUGCUUCAGGCACAGGGCAUUACUGGUGACAGUAUUUGCACCUGUUUACUUGCUAUAUACACUGAGAUCAAAGAAACUAUUUUAGGCUGUCCAGUAAGUUCAGUUUCUGCACUUCUUCAUGCUGCUACUCUUUUGGUUAAUCAUCUUCAGCGGGGGUCAUCUUUGUAUUUUGCACUUCAGCAAGCCUGUUGGGAAGUCUUUGUGCUUUCUCAGUGUUACUCAUCUAAUCAAAAGCAAGUGCAAGAGAUUGUGGAAAAACAUCUCUCAUCCCUGAAAUCCAGCAAAACUUGGGAAUGGAAAUUGCUAUCACCAGGACUUUGGCCGGAUCCAGUACCUUCUGCUCUCCAGUCAACUGAAGAUUCCUGCCUUUCCACCAUCAUCAGAGAUGGGCAAGUGCUUACCUAUUGCCUGAAUAUGUUAAGUUUGAGUACUAACAGAUGUCGACCUUUAAUAUUGUCUGAUUUGCAACAAGUGCUUCAGUCAAGGUCUUUAGACAACUUAACAUUCAUGUCCACCAACUUGGAAGAAAAUUUUCAUGAGAUGAUGUGCUUGAUCAGUCCUGCUGUGUGGCUUGUAACUGAAAGGGCAUCACAUGAAGACUGGGUUCUCCGGGCUAUUUGGCUGAACAACUUAUCCAAGUGCUAUAAACACGUAAAAGAUAUUGUUCAUUUUCACUUGGAUGCUGGUUCCAAAGCCCUAAGAUCAGUAUUUUCUACUAAGCUGAGUGGAAUAAUAUGGAAGUACAUUAAAGAAAUGCAGCACCAAACAUCCGAUGAAUAUAUAAUUUCAAUGGAUGUACGUUGGAAUCUACAGUAUUUGGAUAUUUUAAAAAACUCUAUAACCUUUGACUCAGUAGAGGAAUUUCAGCAUUAUAUGGAUGGCUUGAAUUCAAUGGUUAACAGAGUGAGACUUCUGAUGGACCGUGUGAAGCAGGUGCACAUUGAAGAAGCUGUCUUAUACAGAGAGAAAAAAAAAGGAAACAAUAGUAUUUUAAGACUAUGUAAAGCCUUUCAAAAAGGUUCCCUAGAGUUUGAAGAUUUACCUUAUCCAGUUCUGGCUCACAUUGCAAAAUUCUUUGCACACUGGGAUUGCCAUAUGGAGCAGAUACUACAGACUGGAAAGUCAUUGAUACUGGACGAAAAUCUGUCUGAUUUACAGUGCCGUGUUCUGUGGAGAGACAGACUUCGGGAUAUUUCAGACCGUAUUCAAGCAGAUUCUCAUGGUUUAGCAGUAUUUGCCUUGCACUGGCAUUGGGUUCAGAAGCAUCUUAUUUCUAAAAUACCUACAAUACUCAUUGGAGGCGAAUCACAAGCAUAUUUCAGUGAAAUUCAAUGUGUUGUGAUGAACAUUGAGAAUUCUUUAUGCAAUUCUGAUGUCUCAUUUUCCGUGGCAACUAAACUGCAGAAUGUUCUUGGAAAACCACUUCCGUUUAAGGUUGAGUCUGUUGCUACAGUUGCAUCCCAGCUAAAAACAUUCUGCAGCAUUUUGGAUGUAUUACAUCUUAACCCAAAGAGGGAAGACUCCCGCUGGAAGUAUAAGUUAAACCUUGUAAAAGCUGCUGCUGAUGGAGUACUCCUUAAAAAGAAGCUUCUUAACAUCUGGUGUCUAGUUCUGCAAGCAAACUACAAGAUGGAAUACACUGAUACUGAUAUAGAGAAGUUGAAAGAGAUUAUUGAGUCGCAGAGAUCACAAAUGUCAACAGAUGGGCUACUGUUGCCAAAGAAUUUGGAGAAUGAUAUCAUGACUGAACCUUCUUGGAUUAAUCAGUCAUCCCUCACACAGCUCAAAAUGCAAACACAAAUGUGGCCGGCUAUGGAAUUCCUGACCAUUAUAAGCCAGUAUAAACUGGUGGCAGACAUUCUAGAAGAGAUGACAUAUUCUAGGAAAAGUGAUAUAUCAAACUACCAUCUGCAUCUUUGUCAGCACAUAAACUUUUGUUUACAGUCGACUCCCACAGAUCCAGAACAGAUUCAGGACCUUUGUUUUAUACAGCAGAAUUAUGCACUCCCAGCAGAAGAAAUUUCUUUAAGGUGGUCAGAGCUGUUAUCUAGAUGUUUAUCAUCUUUCUGGAGAAGCAAUGUAACUACAGAUCCAAGUUUCUGGCUUACAUGGAACCCAAAUCUUAACGUACAUGUAGAAGAGAUGGCUAAAUCUGCAGUAGCUAAAUCACUGAUGGGUCCAGGAAUCAUGAAUCGAGCUGUGUGGCUGAAAUGUUUUUUUGAACUUUUGACCAACUGUAAGACAGCAAAUUGCUGGAGUUCAAAUGAUGCUCAAAUUCUUUCAUCUUCUCUUGUUUCACUGGGAGAAUGGUCGCUGCGAACUCAGCAGCUGCUGGACAUCAGCAAUGUCUUGUGGACCAACAUAGGUGUAUCAUCCUUUGCAAAUUUCAGAGAAACAGACCAGAGACUUCAGGGAAUCUUGUUACACAGACAUCUCAAGGCUAUUCAGAUUCUUGUACCUGAUGAACUGAAGGAGGAGUACUUGGAAUACUGCAGGAGGCUAAUUACUAAGCGGGAUGCAUCUGCUGUCCAGUACAUGCAACAGAUUUUUAGAUCUGUCAUCCCAUCAAAAGUUCUGCCUGAGUCAUUUAUAUGUGAAACAUUAACCUGUAUAAAACUCUUUGCUAGACUGGAUGCAAUUUCUUCCCAGAAUGUGCAGUCUGGCAUUUUUUGGGUUCAUAUGGGAUUGUUACAGAUGUUAAUUUGGAUGCCUCAGACAUUGUUUGAUCCUGCUUUGAAGAGAAUGUACAAGCUUGGCUAUUUGCAGAAAGAGUUAAAGACCUUGCAGAGUGAAUGGACUGCUCGUCAAAUGUCAUCUCAAGUUUUGUGUGGUGAAGAACUAAAAGAAGAUGGGUUUUCACAAAAAUUGCACCAUCCACGUCUUAGAUUCCUCUGUUCAAGAAUGAAGUUUUUGAGGUCUCGAAUUGCAGAACUUUCUAGAAAGCAAGCAUACAGACCAAAUGACCAGCAAUAUGAAAAUUUGUACAAAGAUAUGCAUCAUUUUACUACUAGCAUUGCUCAGGUUUCUUGGGUUCAGGAUUUGCUAUCACGUCUACUAAAAAUGCUUGAGACUAAAACAAAUGUAGAGAUACAAAGUCUGUUAAAUGAAGAGGCAACAUGGCAGCUUUCACUCCAUCAUUUCAUCAAUAGACUUACAGAAAAAUAUCCUUUAUAUCCAGAUAUUGUGAGCCCUGUGAGGGCAUCUGUUCUUCAGAUACAACAUGGGAUGCGACUUGUUGCAUCAGAGGUUUCUGCUACUCUUUUCCAUGUGCCUCAUUUGUCAGAGUUUAUGUCUUGCCUUCUAGCGUUUCCUUCUUUGUCCCCUGGUUUUCCAUCUUAUUUGGCCCGCGCUGAACAUCUGUGCUCUAAAGUUGCCUCGGAUGUCCUAAAGAAUACUGGAAAACUUCUUCAUUUGAGCAAGGAAGUUGAUGCUUCUCCUGACCAAGUACAGCUAUUGUUGAAUGCACUACAUUUCCUACUUUGCCAUGUCUUGUCCUUGGGAUACUUGGACUUGGACACCUUAAGUCUGUUUAGACACAUAUGUCAGGCUGUAGUCAAUGAAUGGGAUGAGCUGGAGCUUCUUGCAAGACAGAGGGAGAAAGAGAAAACAAGUUUGUAUCGCUAUCGUAGCCAACAGCACGGAACAGGGCUAAGUGAGGAGGAGGAGGAAGAGAAAGAAUUUAGAGCCUUAUUUCCACAGUAUGAUAAGGAUUUUACAGAUAUUGUAUCUGAGCCAAGUUUAGAGUCUGUUUCCACUGAUAAUUUGGAAGAUUCAGAGAACAACUCAUCUGAGUCCCGCUCCGUUUCCUUGAGUUGUAUGUGGACAUUGAUACAGGUUCACCAACGGAUUAGCAUGGAGUUCUCUCACUCACUCUGGUACCAGCCAGGUUAUUCAGCUUUCCAGCCAAAGGAUUUUCUCUCUGCCCUGACAUCAUCCUAUCAAACAGCUGCUCCCUUGAUGGCAAACGUUUACCACUUGAUUGGUUGUGAGCAUAAUGAGCAGCUCAUUGGUAGUCAGCUUUUGAUAAGUGCCCUCAUUCAAAACACAAUAUUGAAUAACACUUCAACUGACCUGUUUCUGAAACCCAGUGGACCAUAUGAUUUUUAUCAGCAUGCCAACAUUGCCCAAGUUAGGCUUUGUCAUCCUGUUCUUGAGGAUCUCAAUAAGGCUGUUCAGAGCAGGCUUCAGGAAUGGCCUGAACACCCAGCUCUCAUGCAGGUUUUGGUAGUUAUAGAGCGGAUCCUUGCCUUUCCCAUCUCAGAUCCUUUAGCAAAAUUCCUCAAUGGCUUAGAAAUUCUUCUUGCUAAAGCUCAGGACUGGGAGGAAAAUGCAAGUAGGUCUGUGUCUUUUAGAAAACAACUCGAUGCUGUAACUCAACUGAUUAUACAGUGGCGCAAGCUAGAAUUAAAUUGUUGGACAGAAAGCCUUGAUAAUACUCUGAAAAAGCACUCUGAAAAUUCAGCAAAGCACUGGUUUCCCAUCUACCAGCUUUUGGAGAGUCACCUUCAACAGCAGCGAAACCAGGAGAACUUUGAUGACUGUCCAAAAAGCAACUUGUCCCUGUCUUCAGUGACUAGAACUCUACAGGCCUUUCUGGAAGAUGCAACUUUGGGGGAGUUCCAAACAAGGCUUGAAAUGAUUCUGUCAUUCCAUUGCCAUGUGUUGCUUAUUCCUGAUCAAGAGGGUAAAAAGGCUUUGUCCAGUCUUCUUUGGAAUUUGUAUAAUUACUACAAACAAUUUUCAUACUCUAUUCAGGCUAAAGUAACUGAGCUUCGCCAUCCAAUUGAAAAGGAGCUUAAGGACUUUGUGAAAAUCUCAAGAUGGAAUGAUGUCAGUUUUUGGUCAAUAAAGCAGUCUGUGCAAAAAACCCACAGAACUCUAUUUAAGUUUGUGAAGAGAUUUGGUGCAGCUCUUAACACUCCUUGCCGCCAAGAAUUAACUGAACAAGGUAUCGAGAGAAGUUUAGAUUGUGUUGACAGAACCCAGCAGGAUAGCCCAGUUCUGCGACUUAACAAGGUGCUGAAAAGAAUCCUGUUAUCAGCCAGCAAAACACAACAGAGUGUAACACAUGAGGAAACACCUGAAUUAGAACAGAAUUCACUUCAGUCACGUCUUGUAGCCUUAAAUCCAAAAAUGAGAAAGAUGUGCAUGAAGCUGAUGAAAAAGAGUGCAUUACCACAGUUAGCAGAAGAUCUGGAUCUCUUUACAGCUGAAAUUAUUAAAUCGGUGCAGGAGUUGCAAAACUUAACUGUGGACAAUAAAGCUGACAAGGAGAAGCAGCGAUGUGAGGCCAAGAAUAUUCUCCAACAGAAACAGAGAGCUCUUUCAGAACUGUUUAAGUUACUUAGUCAAACAGGCUUGUCAUACCGCAAAGGCAUUACUUGGAGUCGGACAGUAGAUCCAAAUGACAUUAUGUAUAUUAAUCCUUUAGACUUGAAAGGUGCUCUUAAUGUGGUAAAAAGUAACACUGAACCUGAGAAAAUGAUUUUUGCUGAGAUACCUGCUGUUUGGGAUGGAUGUCAGAAGUAUUUCUACAGAUCAAUUGCACGACAUGCCUGCUUACGAGAAGCAUUUCUUAAACCUUCAAAGGAGCUUGGUUUGGGGAAUGUGGAGCGUUGUAAAGGUUUCACAGCUCAUUUAUUAAAACUGCUUGUUGAUCAGAGAAAGAGAUUGUCUUUGCUGACAGAAGAGUGGGUCAGUCUGAGAAAACUUGUAAGCGCUAUCCAGGAUGUGCAAUCUCAGCUAUAUAUGACAACACAUGAUGAUUUUACUUUACCUCCUCAAAGUAGUCUUCUGUCUUGGAUACAUAAAAUACAUAACCUUUCCAGUCAAUGUCUUUUGGGUCUGCAGGAGCUCUCAUUGUUUCUUCAGUGCUGCCCAGACCCUACAAAAACCGAGGACCGAAACAUUUCCCAGAACUGUAAUAUUUUAACCAGUGAUCCAGCUACAGAAUCAAAAUUUGACUGUCAAUAUCCAACACCAUUUUCUUUGGAGAGUUUAGCUCUUGGUUGUCGAAUGAGAAAAGGAGAUUCUGCCUGGCUGCAGUUGACUGCCCAAGUGUCAGAGAGGUUAAAGGACCUGCAGACACUAAAGGCAGAUUUGGAUAAGAUUUUCCUUAGACCUACUUCAGCAGUAUUGCAGACAUGGCAUCAUUUUGAUGUGUGUUCUUCUGGUUUAAAUAAACUGGGCUCAUUAGCUUCCCAUCUUCAGGAUAUGGAGUUAUUUUUCAGUGUGUCAUUCUCAGGGAAGGAGGAUUGCCCCUAUAAUAAUCCAGGAAUAAUCCAGACUUUACGAUUCCUCAGAAAGGAGAUUGAGCAGCAUAUCACUGAGUUCACUACGUGGAGGACAGACCAACUAUCUCUAAAAUCUCAAAAGCAAGAAUCCUCUCCUGAAUUUGCAUUACAAUUCUUUGGACAAAUUGAGGGUGCUAUUAGUGCAGUUUUAUGUACUGUGCAAAGUCUGGUGAAGAGAAAGGAAGAUCACAAAACAAAAUCCAAAGAAGUCAAAUGCCAAAAAUCCGAAUGUAAGGAAAAUGAGGACGAAGGAGAUUUAAUCAGAGUGGGGCACUUGACUAAACUACUAGAUAAAGAUCUGUCUGCUGAAGUUUCUUCCUUAAAUUUGGAAAAGAUCCCAGUCAUUCUACUGAAUCUUUUGGAGAGCGUAAAGAUUUACAGAGAGGACUGUGCAGCACAUUGUCUGACUUUAGAGGAAGCCUGCUUGUCUCUAGUGCGCCUUCUGCCUAUGUUAUCAACCUAUGUGGAUCUGGUUCAGUUCUUCCUCAUAGUUUCUUUGCUGGCUCACAGAAGCACUGGCAAACUGCUGUCUGUUCUUGCCAGCAUAUUCACAGAGAUUGCUCAGAAGGGAUUUUGCCUUCCUGAGGAACUUGUGGAGGAAGCAUCAGGUGAAGGAGCCACUGAAUUUCAUGACUAUGAGGGUGGAGGAAUUGGUGAAGGAGAAGGCACUAAAGAUGUCAGUGAUAAGAUAGAAAAUGAAGAGCAGGUCGAGGAUACAUUCCAACAAGGCCAAGAGAAAAAGGAUGAAGAGCAGGACAGAAAGCCAGAUAUCAAAGAGGAGGAGAAUGCAGUGGAGAUGUCUGAAGACUUUGAUGGACAAAUACAUGAUGGAGAAAGAAAAGAACCAGGGGAAGAUGAGGAAGAACAAUCAGAUGAUGAAGAAGAAGAUCUAGACAAGAAAAUGGGGAAUUUGGGUGAAGCAGAGGCAGACCAGUUGGAUGAGAGGCUUUGGGGUGAUGAUGAUAAUGAGGAGGAGGAUACUGAUGAUGAAGAAGAUGAGUCUGGUCAAGGAAUGGAUGAGGGAGAAUCCCAGCUUGUGGCAAAGGAGGACAACUUAGAUGCUGGAAACACAAAUAAAGAUGACAAACACAAGGAAGAAGAACUUACAGAAAAUAAAGAAGAAAAGGAUAAAAUUAAUGAGCAACCUGAUAAGCGGGAGUUUGAUGAGAAUGAGGUGGAUCCUUACCAUGGAAAGCAAGAGCAGCAGCCUGUGACUGAGCCAAUGGAUCUUCCUGAUGACCUAAAUCUUGAUAAUGAUGAAGAGGACACUGGAGAAAACCAAGAAGGAGAUGAGGAAAAUCCCAUGGAUAUAGAAGCCGAAGCUGCUGAUUUAGAUAACAAGCAGGAGAAAGAUGAAUCACUUCAGGAGGAACAACCUGAGGAGAGCGAAGACAGGGACGGACAAAAUGAGCAGGCUGUUUCAGAGGAUGGGGAGCAAGAAAUGGAACAAGAGAAUGAAAGUAAAGAAGAUCAUGAUAAAGAAGCAGAUGGUCAAGAAAAUGACAGUGAAGAGAACAUGGAGAUAAAUGAAGAGGAGAAGGAGAAUAAAAAUGAUACCUCAAAAGAUGAUGAUGACGAUAACAAUACCACUAAAGAUGAAGAAAAUUCUGUCUCAAAAGACCUUGGCCAUCAAUCCAAGGAAGAGGAGGUUUUAAACGAAGAUGAAAAUGACCUUCCAGAGUCUGAAAACAGAAGAGAGCAUGAAUCUGAUGGCCAGACAGGAGAGGAAAACCUGCAGAGUGACACUGCCGUGGAGCUUGCUGGAGCUGCAUCUGAGAAGGAUAAAGUUAAAGAGGAAUAUGGCAGUGGGGCUGCUGAUGCUAACCAGGCUGAAGGCCAUGAAUCAAAACUUGUAGCACAAGUCUCAUCACAGAAGCACACAAUAAGCAAAACCCAGAGUUUCAAACGGAAGCCUGGUCAGGCAGAUAAUGAGAGAUCCACCGGGGAUGUCAAUGAGAGAGUCCACAAGAAACUGCGUACAUUAGACACAAAGAGUGAAAAGAAAGACAAAACAGCCCAAAGUGAGAGGAUGAAGCAAGAAUCCGAUGUCUAUGAGCACAUUAAAGAAUUAUGUGAGCCAUACGAUGCUCAGACAUAUGAUGUUGCCAGUGCAGAACAACAGGACCCAGCCAAAGCUGCCUUUGAAACUGACGAGGGGACAGAUGAUAUCUCUAUGGAGCCAGAAGAGCAAGAGGAUGAUCUGCAAGCAGUGGAUGCCCAGGAAUUGAAGCCAGAACAAAACAAACAUCUUUCAAGCAAAAAGGAUGGUUUAGAGACUACUGAAAUGGAUCAGAAGCCUCUGGAGAGAGAAGAGGACAAUGUAGAAAAACAGGAGUCUGAAUAUGCAAGUACCGAUGAGAAAACUGCCCGGACCACUGAGUCUUUGAUCUUCACAGUCAUGGAGCAUCUUAUGGACACAGGAGAGCUGCCUGAAACGCCACCAAAAAAAUUAAGGGAGCAACUGGAGGAGCAGCUGGAAGCAUGGCAGAAUCAAACACCUGGAAGCCAAGAAGAGGAAGCAACAGCAGCUGACAUGUGGCGACAGUACCAGAGUUUGACUUCUUCGUUAUCACAACAGUUAUGUGAGCAGCUACGUCUUAUUCUGGAACCUACACAAGCAGCUAAACUAAAGGGGGAUUUUCGAACUGGCAAAAGACUAAAUAUGCGUAAGGUAAUUCCUUAUAUUGCCAGUCAAUUCCGGAAGGAUAAAAUCUGGUUACGACGAACAAAGCCCAGUAAACGAGAAUAUCAAAUCUGCUUAGCUAUAGAUGAUUCCUCAAGCAUGAUCGAUAACCACUCAAAACAGAUGGCUUUUGAGUCUCUCUCUGUCAUCGGGAAUGCCUUGACCCUUCUAGAAGUUGGACGCAUUUCUGUCUGCAGUUUUGGUGAAUCAUUUCAACUACUACAUCCAUUCCAUGAACAGUUUAAUGAGCAAUCUGGUUCUAGAAUACUCAGGCUAUGCAAGUUUCAACAAAAGAAAACUAAAAUUGCUGAGUUUUUGGACUCUGCAGCAGGAAUGUUUAUAGCAGCGAGACAGCAAUUCCAAACUAAUAUUGAAACUGCUCAGCUACUGCUCAUUGUCUCUGAUGGACGAGGCCUCUUUUUGGAAGGGAAGGAGCGAGUUACAGCAGCAGUUCAAGGAAUACGCAGUGCCAGAGUUUUUGUGAUUUUUGUGGUGCUGGACAACCCUAAUUCCAGGGAUUCAGUUUUGGAUAUUAAAGUGCCUAUUUUCAAAGGGCCAGGAGAAAUGCCGGAAAUCAAAUCCUACAUGGAGGAGUUUCCAUUCCCGUUCUACAUCAUCCUACGAGAUGUGAAUGCUCUGCCGGAAACGCUGAGCGAUGCGCUGCGCCAGUGGUUUGAGCUUGUGACUGCUGCUGACCAAUAGCAAGCCUUGACGUGACUUGCUGGCUCCUACAGAUCGUUUGAACUCUUAACACUGCUGCUAUGUUUACAGUUGAAGACUUGGUGCACAGUGCCUUUUACAGUUGGCUUUGUUUUUCAGUUUGUUUUUUUUAAGCCAACUUAUUUAUCACUUAGCAAUAUAAUGUAAUCUUGAUUUUUCAGGGGAGCUUUAAACUGCUACCAUUAGCAGUUAAUAAAAAGACGUGCAUUGAAUUUUUGUUAAGUACUAUAUGGAGGGAUAAACAGUUACUUGUUGCCACUUCCAGUGCCUUCGCAGUGCCAAAUGAGACUGCAGAAUUAUGACGAUUCUAGUAUAAUAAUUGUCUUUUUAAGCCUUUGUAUUAUGCAUUUGAUUUAUUUCCCUUGCCAAUGUGAAAUAUAUAUUGAUUGGACCUUAUGGUGCAAUUUUAGUCAAACAAAAUAAAAUAUUGUCUGCAUGUA